AUGUAUGGAAAGAAAUCUACUAACGGACACGGCAAGAACGCUGUCGAUCAGCUCUUUAAGCGUACUGAUGUGAUUGGGCAAGGAAAGUUUGGGAUUGUCUAUAAAGGUUACUAUGUCAAAACCCGACAGGUGUGCGCAAUCAAAGUUCUCAACCUAGACUCAGCAGAUGACGAAGUUGAAGACGUGCAGAAAGAAAUCCAGUUUCUUGCAUCGCUGAAAAGCGUACCGAACAUCACACAUUACUAUGGCUCGUAUUUAAAUGAAACUAAACUCUGGGUGAUUAUGGAAUAUUGUGCUGGGGGGUCAUUGAGGACAUUGCUGCGACCGGGAAAAAUUGGUGAGCAUUACAUAGGCAUCAUUAUGCGUGAGCUUUUGACUGCUCUCAUGCACAUCCACCGCGACGGAGUAAUACAUCGUGACAUCAAAGCUGCCAAUGUCCUGAUAACCAAUGAUGGGCACGUCAAGCUGUGUGACUUCGGAGUCGCGGCCCAACUUUCUCAGACCAAAAUCAGACGCCAGACUAUGGCAGGCACGCCGUAUUGGAUGGCUCCAGAAGUGAUAAUGGAAGGAGUAUACUACGAUACAAAAGUAGACAUAUGGUCGCUGGGAAUAACACUUUAUGAAAUAGCGACAGGAAACCCGCCGUACUGUGAGAUUGAAGCUCUUCGAGCGAUGCAGCUGAUCACGAAGUCGAAGCCACCGCGCUUGGAGGGCCGUGAGUACUCCGCAGCAUUAAAGGAGGUCAUCGCACUAUGUCUAGACGAGGAUCCACGGGAAAGGCCGACAGCAGAAGAGCUGCUGAAGACGAAAUUUAUGAAGUUGCAUAGAAAUGCUCCUGUGUCUACAUUGAAAGAGCUUGUAAGUCGAUAUCUGUUGCACAGGGACCAACAGCCUCAACGAGAGGCUGCCACCGUUCCCUUAGAUGGCGAAGAAAAUGGCAAUGAAGGCGUACCCAACAAUGAAGAGAUGGACCUUGAAGUAAAGUGGGAUUUUGACUCUUUGAGCUCGAACGAGUAUAUUGUAGAAAACGACAUCAACAUUGAUGCCAUCGCUGAUGGCUCCCCAAAUGAGCACUUUAAUUACGCGUACCCAGAAGAUGGUCCGUUUUACGAAUCUAACAAGAGACACCUUCCUAACUUUCAAAACACAACUAUUGGGAAAGGCACUUCGCAUGGUUUGACCAACAACCAUACGAUUCAGGGCACCAAUAAUAACAACAAUACAACGUAUCAAAAUAACACCAGUGCCAAUUAUCAAAGCAAGCAAAGUUGGGUCAAUACGGGCAAGAAGUAUGAAACAAAGGCAUCAAAAGCCCUGCAGCAGCUUUUUGAAGAUCACGACACUACAGGGGUGGAUCUUGAUUACUCUAGAACAGUACCUACAAUGCCGCCGAAGCUCCCGGAGGACAAUAUGAGGGUAGCUUCUCCCUUGGCGGAGCGCAUUCCAUACCUUGAUGCACAUAAGAACCCCAUGUUCGAGAGUCAGAGCACUCCAUCGUUGCCAAUGCUACAGACAAAUUUCAGUCAACCCGUACUUGUAGGUCCCCAGAGCUCUACAGCAUUGCCGACACCUAUUGAGAUCGAGAUUCCUGAAGAAUUACCAUCCAGUCAGGAAGCGAUCGUUGCCUCAAUCACCAAACCCAGAUCCUCAACCAUAUCCGGGCCUAAUAAGGCCCCAACGUCGAUUUUGGCAAGAAGACCGACUGUUACCGGUGGGGGCACGACACGCGAUGUUUCUCAUCCCACCAUGAAAAUUGUACCGGACGAUAGGCAGAGGCCGUUGGCACCCAUGUCGACGUCCAAGCCAAAAGGUAGAAGUUCAUCACCAUCUAAGGUUGGAACUGGAUCGCCAGGGAAGUCUAAUGCAAUGACACCAGCAGCGACCACCGUGCCUCUAGCCAUGAAGCCUAUCGUGAAUGAAAAGGCUGAUGUGUUACUCAAGCCCUUGAACGGUGAAGAGAAUGAUGUGGGCCGGACCAGAAUCAAUCGCGAUUUCAAACGACAAAACCCGAAUUUGAAACUUCAGAUGCCCUCACCGACCUCUGCAUUACCCAACAAUUUGUUAGACACUGUGAGCGGUGCGAACACGAGUUCUGAGGAUGCCAACAUCAAUCAGUUCGGUUUCAACACGAGCUCCGCACUUCCAGUUGCAAUGACCCCUGUCAUUGAAAAGGGUGAUAUAAUGAAGAGAAAGGUAAGCCUCGGGGCCAGCGUCGCUUCCAGUAGCAGGAAUAGUAGCGUUUCCACCGAAGGUGGCGGCGCAACUGCGCAACAUCCUGCUGCGAUUCACGGAGUUUCCAACAUUGUUACCACUUCAUCUCAGAACACUGGCGCCUCGGCAAGUGCGACCAUCCAUGGCCCCAACCCUGUGUCAACAAGCACCACUGCGGGCACAAGACCUGUGGCCCACGUCAUUCCGUUCAUGGAAAGGCCGCCCCGAUUACUGCAAAUGGAUAUGUUCUUAGACUAUCCUGAAGAUCCUGCGGUCGAAGAAUCGAUGGAUCACGAUCGCGAUCGAAAGUUCUUAGUUUUGCGGGAGCUGGACUCUUUGCUUCGAACCGUGGAAGACAGCUUUCCGGCCAUGGAGUAUGCACUAAAAGAGGCCCUGAGUAAGACUGGUGAUACCCACUAA